AUGACGGACCGCAACGACUCCCGUGUAAAGAGAUCCUGGACCUGCGCGAUGUGUUACUGGCUGGCGUGGUGCUUGGUUCUAGAGUCGGCCGUGCUCGUCACGAGAGCGGCGGAUCUCCUUCCGUACGACACUCACCAGCAGCUCCCAGUAGGGAAUGAAGAAGCGGCUCAGAUCCCUCUGACCAAGCCGUUCGUCUUCCUGGAGCAGAACUAUUCUGCACUAACAGUUCACAGUGAUGGAUAUAUUUCUCUACAAACAACUGGUUCAAGUCCAGCAAGCAAAGAGUCUGACCCUGUCAUAUCUGUAUACUUGUCUGAUGUUGAUACCAGUGGAAUUGGACAAAUCUACUAUGGGCUGGAGACAAACAACUCAUACUUUCUCUCGCAGUUUGAGCUGUUGGUUCUGAUCUAUUUUACAAACUCAUUCUCUCCAAGGGAGUUGGUUGUUGUCACGUGGAGUGGUGUUGGCUACUAUCAGAAUGGAACCGAUCAGACUAACACGUUUCAAGCAGUGCUGGCUACAGAUGGCUCCAGUUCCUAUGUCUACUUUCUCUACAAAAAUCUUGAGUGGAUAUAUGGGAGUGAUACUCAUGCCAACUUACCACCGGUUGGGUUCACAGAUCAUACUAUAACCUACACUCUCCUGCCAGGCACAAAUUACACCAAUAUUCUCGACUUUAAUCAUUACUACUUGGAUUCAGCAAAAGGGACGGCGUAUAUCCUAUCAUCUGAGACUGGCACUACCAGCGAGCAUGCCCUUGCACUUGAAAGACUAAGUAAUGUGGCCCAGCAAGGACUGUGGAUUUUCAGAGUUGACUCGUCUCCCAUUCAAUCUGCAGAUGUUGAUGAAUGUAGCCAAGGAGGUGGUGCUCCAUGUUCAGAUAAUGCUACUUGCUCUAAUGAAGUCGGAGGUUUCUUCUGCUCUUGUAAUGAUGGUUUCUCAGGCAAUGGACUCAGCUGUCUUGAUACAGAUGAAUGCCUGAGUGAUCCUUGUGACUCUAAUGCCACAUGCUCCAAUACUGCUAGUAGCUACAUCUGUGAAUGUAACACUGGAUUCUCUGGGAGUGGAUUCACCUGUACAAAUAUCAAUGAGUGUGAGAAUGCCACUGAAAUCUGUGACAGCAAUGCUACCUGUAGUGACACUCAAGGUAGCUAUGAGUGCAUGUGUAACACUGGCUACUCUGGAGAUGGAUUGUCAUGCACAAAUUGUUCUGACACAGCAGGCAGCUAUGAGUGUACUUGCUUCUCUGGCUACACUGGUGAUGGAUAUACAUGUCUGGACAUUGAUGAGUGUCUCGCUGAUCCUUGUGAUGAGAAUGCGACUUGUUCCAACAAUAAUGGGAGCUUCACCUACAUAGAUGAAUGCCUGAAUGAUCCUUGUGACUCUAACGCCACAUGCUCCAAUACUGCUGGUAGCUACAUCUGUGAAUGUAACACUGGAUUCUCUGGGAGUGGAUUCACCUGUACAAAUAUCAAUGAGUGUGAGAAUGCCACUGAAAUCUGUGACAGCAAUGCUACCUGUAGUGACACUCAAGGUAGCUAUGAGUGCAUGUGUAACACUGGCUACUCUGGAGAUGGAUUGUCAUGCACAAAUAUCAAUGAAUGUGGUGAAGGAACACAUAACUGUGAUGGUAAAGCAACUUGUAACGACACGGAGGGUAGCUAUGAAUGUGUGUGCAACACUGGCUACUCUGGGGAUGGAUUCAUAUGCACAAAUAUCGAUGAGUGUUCUAGUGGAGGUGCAGUUUGUGAUCAAAAUGCAGAUUGUUCUGACACAGCAGGCAGCUAUGAGUGUACCUGCUUCUCUGGCUACACUGGUGAUGGAUAUACAUGUCUGGACAUUGAUGAGUGUUUGACCCAUCCUUGUGAUGAGAAUGCGACUUGUUCCAACAAUAAUGGGAGCUUCACCUAUAUAGAUGAAUGCCUGAAUGAUCCUUGUGACUCUAAUGCCACAUGCUCCAAUACUGCUGGUAGCUACAUCUGUGAAUGUAACACUGGAUUCUCCGGGAGUGGUUUCACCUGCACAAAUAUCAAUGAGUGUGAGAAUGCCACUGAAAUCUGUGACAGCAAUGCUACCUGUAGUGACACUCAAGGUAGCUAUGAGUGCAUGUGUAACACUGGCUACUCUGGAGAUGGAUUGUCAUGCACAAAUAUCGAUGAGUGUUCUAGUGGAGGUGCAGUUUGUGAUCAAAAUGCAGAUUGUUCUGACACAGCAGGCAGCUAUGAGUGUACCUGCUUCUCUGGCUACACUGGUGAUGGAUAUACAUGUCUGGACAUUGAUGAGUGUCUUACCCAUCCUUGUGACGAGAAUGCAACUUGUACCAACAAUAAUGGGAGCUUCACCUGUCAGUGCAACACUGGAUACGUGGGAAAUGGAACAUAUUGCACUCAUCACACGUGCUUUGUCUCUCCGGAUCAUUUGUAUGAAUGCGGGAGAGCUGUGUCUAGUGAGAUCACCUGUGAGGCCAUGGGAUGCUGCUACAACUCUUCUGCUCUAAUACAGUGCUACCACCCAUCUGAUGUUGAUGAAUGUAGUCUGAGUUUGGACAACUGCGACCUUAAUGCGCAAUGCAUCAACCUUGAUGAUGGAUACAACUGUACUUGUAGCAGUGGCUACACAGGAAAUGGAACUGCAUGUUACGAUAUCAAUGAGUGUUCCACUGGGAGUGCAGAGUGCGAUGAGAAUGCAGAGUGUUAUGACACAGCAGGCAGCUAUGACUGUACCUGCUUCUCUGGCUACAUUGGUGAUGGAUAUACAUGUCAGGACAUUGAUGAGUGUCUUACCCAUCCUUGUGAUGAGAAUGCAACUUGUACAAACAAUAAUGGGAGCUUCUCCUAUACCAAUGAGUGUGAGAAUGUCACUGAAAUCUGUGAUGGCAAUGCUACCUGUAGUGACACUCAAGAUACCAAUGAGUGUAACCUAGGCAUUGAUGCAUGUGACGGUGAUGCUACCUGCAACAAUACUGCGGGAAGCUAUGAAUGUGUAUGUAACAGUGGCUUCUAUGGAAAUGGAUUAUCGUGUGAAAAUGUCAAUGAGUGUUCCACUGGGAGAGCAGAGUGUGAUGAGAAUGCAGAUUGUUAUGACACAGCAGGCAGCUAUGAGUGUACCUGCUUCUCUGGCUACACUGGUGAUGGAUAUACAUGUCGGGACAUUGAUGAGUGUCUUACUGAUCCUUGUGAUGAGAAUGCAACUUGUACCAACACUGACGGAAGCUAUUCUUGUCAUUGUGACAAUGGUUUUACGGGAAAUGGAUCUUUCUGUUUUGAUGUGAAUGAGUGUGAAACAGGAAACAACACCUGUGAUAGCAGUGCUACCUGCAUUGAUACUGUUGGUAGCUAUGAGUGUGAAUGUAACAUUGGUUACUCAGGAGAUGGUCUUUCUUGUUCAGACAUUGAUGAGUGUUCCACUGGGAGUGCAGUCUGUGAUGAGAAUGCAGAUUGUUAUGACACAGCAGGCAGCUAUGAGUGUACCUGCUUCUCUGGCUACACUGGUGAUGGAUAUACAUGUCAGGACAUUGAUGAGUGUCUUACCCAUCCUUGUGAUGAGAAUGCAACUUGUACCAACAAUAAUGGGAGCUUCUCCUGUCAGUGCAACACUGGAUACGUGGGAAAUGGAUCAUUGUGUAUACAUCAAACCUGUUUCGUCCCUGUGGAUCGUAUUCACGAGUGUGGGAGUAAUGUGUCCAGUGAGAAAGCAUGUGAAGCUAUGGGAUGCUGUUACAACUCCUCUGCUGAUGUAAAUUGCUACCAUCCCUCUGAUGUUAAUGAAUGUGAUUUGGAGCUUGACAACUGCCACACUCAUGCUUACUGUGCCAAUGUUGAAGACGGUUUCACCUGUACUUGUAAGAGUGGGUACACGGGAGAUGGAUUGGACUGUGAAAAUGUUGAUGAGUGCACACUGGGAACUGAUACAUGUGACACAGAGCAUGCUGACUGCAUAGACUCGGAAGGAAGUUAUUCUUGCAUGUGUCACAUUGGCUACACUGGAAAUGGAGAAAUAUGCUCAUGUUUGAAUGGCAGUAUUCUUCUCUUGAAUGGAUCUCACAUAUCCACCGAGUUUACUGAGGGAACGGUACUGGUCUGUUUCAACAAUGUCUACGGAACAGUAUGUGAUGACUACUGGGAUGAACUGGAGGCGGCAGUGGUGUGCAGACAACUUGGACUUACAUCAUCCGGAAAUUCUAUUUCCAUUGGCCGUGCUGCAUUUGGAGAAGGAAGUAACUAUUUGAUCUUGCUGGACCAGUUGAUGUGUACUGGCAAUGAGAAUUCACUAUUGGACUGUGCUGCCGGUGAGGAGGUUGGGUCCCACAACUGUGACCACAGUGAAGAUGCUGGGGUUAGAUGUGAAGCUGUAUGUGAAGAAGGAGACGUCCGAUUGAGUCUUGAAGGAAAUAUUUUAGACUCAGUGUAUCAGAAUGAAAACAUUGAUGAGAAUUACUUCAUCAAGGAUGAAUUAGCCAGGGGUAGAGUUGAGGUUUGUAUCGGAGAAAACUAUGGAACUGUUUGUGAUGACAACUGGGGCAUUACAGAUGCCUCUGUAGUCUGUUAUCAACUUGGAUUCUCUCGUUAUGGUGCUAUUGCGGUGUCUAGUGGUGCAUUUGGAGAUGAUGUAGGGUCAGCAGUCCUAUACAGUGCGGGGUGUUCUGGGAUCGAGACAGAGAUACUGAGCUGCUCUGUGUCUUACUCUGGGACAUGUUCACAGCACAGUGCUGCAGUUAUCUGUCAAGGUUCCCGUGCAUUCCCUCGAGCUGAAUUUGGUGAGGGCAGUGGUAUGAUAUACCUGGAAGGUAUCGAGUGUGCCGGAGAUGAAGAGGCACUUUUGAACUGUCCAAUGGAACUGGAGCUAGGGUUUUCAUCCUGUGAUCACUCCAGAGAUGCUGGCAUCAGAUGCUAUGCUUGUGUGGAUGGUGCUGUUCGUUUGGGCAAUGGCUCAAGCUCCAAUGAAGGGCGAGUGGAGAUUUGCUACAAUGUGGAGUAUGGCAACAGUCUAUUCAAUCCCCAUUCGUCAUGGAGAGUUUGGCAGGGUAAUGGCUCCAUUCUACUGGAUGACCUGAUGUGUAGUGGAGAUGAGUCUUCACUGUUGGAGUGCUUGAAUGAUAAUGAUAUAGGGUCUCAUGACUGCAGCCACGGUGAAGAUGCUGGAGUCAGAUGUGAAGGUUCUAUUAAUGUUAGUGCACCUGAUUACUUUAGCGAGGGAAUAAGUCCAGGUCUGAUGAGCUUAGUCAACUGUUCUGGAACAGAGAAGGGAGUAAUCGAGUGUGACCACAUGAAAAAUCUCCAAGGAAUAACUUGCGAUCCCGCCGGGGUUGUUUGUCAAGUUGAUGUGGUGGCCUCAAACUGCACAACUGGUGACGUGAGGCUAGUGGGGAGUGCAAAUGGUGACGAGGGAAGACUGGAGGUGUGUGUAAACGGUGCCUGGGGUACUGUGUGCAGUGAUCAGUUCGACACCAAUGACGCUUCCGUGGCAUGCCAAAUGUUAGAAGGAUUCAAUGGAACUUCCCCAGAGAUCUUGACGUCAGGUUUUGAGGAGGGAUCUGCAGCCCCAGAGAUCUUGACGUCAGGUUUUGAGGAAGGAUCAGAUAUCAAUGAGUGUGUUGAAGACACAGAUACAUGUGAUGGUAAUGCUACCUGCAGCGAUACAGAGGGUGGCUAUGAGUGUGAAUGUAAUAUUGGUUACUCAGGAGGCGGAUUCUCUUGCUCAAAUAUCAAUGAGUGUGAUGUAGACACAGAUAUGUGUGAUAGUAAUGCUACCUGCAGCGAUACAGAGGGUGGCUAUGAUUGUAAAUGUAAUGUUGGUUACUCAGGAGAUGGAUUCUCAUGCUCAAACAUAGAUGAAUGCCAAAGAUAUCCUUGUGACUCUAAUGCCACAUGCUCCAAUACUGCUGGUGGCUACAUCUGUGAAUGUAACACUGGAUUCUCUGGGAGUGGAUUUAAUUGCACCAAUAUCAAUGAGUGUGAUGUAGACACAGAUAUGUGUGAUAGUAAUGCUACCUGCAGCGAUACAGAGGGUGGCUAUGAUUGUAAAUAUAUCAAUGAGUGUUUCAAUGCAAGUGUUUGUGAUGAGAAUGCAGAGUGUUAUGACACAGCAGGCAGCUAUGAGUGUACCUGCUUCUCUGGCUACACUGGUGAUGGAUAUACAUGUCAGGACAUUGAUGAGUGUCUUACCCAUCCUUGUGAUGAGAAUGCAACUUGUACCAACAAUAAUGGGAGCUUCUCCUGUCAGUGCAACACUGGAUACGUGGGAAAUGGAUCAUUAUGUAUACAUUACGAGAACACUCCCGCAGAUCAAACCUGUUUCGUCCCUGUCGAUCGUAUUCACGAGUGUGGGAGUAAUGUGUCCAGCGAGAAAACAUGUGAAGCUAUGGGAUGCUGUUACAACUCCUCUGCUGAUAUCAAUUGCUACUAUCCCUCUGAUGUUGAUGAAUGUGAUUUGGAGCUUCACAACUGCCACACUCUUGCAUACUGUGUCAAUGUUGAAGACGGUUUCACCUGUACUUGUAAGAGUGGGUACACGGGAGAUGGAUUGGACUGUGAAAAUGUUGAUGAGUGCACACUGGGAACUGAUACAUGUGACACAGAGCAUGCUGACUGCAUAGACUCGGAAGGAAGUUAUUCUUGCACGUGUCACACUGGCUAUACUGGAAAUGGAGAAAUAUGCUCAUGUUUGAAUGGCAGUAUUCUUCUCUUGAAUGGCUCUGACAUAUCAACCGGGUUCACUGAGGGAACGGUACUGGUCUGUUUCAACAAUGUCUACGGAACGGUAUGUGAUGACUACUGGGAUGAACUGGAGGCGGCAGUGGUGUGCAGACAACUUGGACUUACAUCAUCCGGAAAUUCUAUUUCCAUUGGCCGUGCUGCAUUUGGAGAAGGAAGUAACUAUUCGAUCUUGCUGGACCAGUUGAUGUGUACUGGCAAUGAGAAUUCACUAUUGGACUGUGCUGCCGGUGAGGAGGUUGGGUCCCACAACUGUGACCACAGUGAAGAUGCUGGGGUUAGAUGUGAAGCUGUAUGUGAAGAAGGAGACGUCCGAUUGAGUCUUGAAGGAAAUAUUUUAGACUCAGUGUAUCAGAAUGAAAACAUUGAUGAGAAUUACUUCAUCAAGGAUGAAUUAGCCAGGGGUAGAGUUGAGGUUUGUAUCGGAGGAAACUAUGGAACUGUUUGUGAUGACAACUGGGGCAUUACAGAUGCCUCUGUAGUCUGUUAUCAACUUGGAUUCUCUCGUUAUGGUGCUAUUGCGGUGUCUAGUGGUGCAUUUGGAGAUGAUGUAGGGUUCCCGUGCAUUCCUCAAGCGGAACUUGGUGAGGGCAGUGGAAUGAUAUACCUGGAAGGUAUCGAGUGUGCUGGAGAUGAAGACACACUGUUGGACUGUCCAAUGGAAGUGGAGCUAGGGUUUUCAUCUUGUGACCACUCCAGAGAUGCUGGCAUCAGAUGCUAUGUGUUUGAUUUGCAUAGCUUGUGUGGAUGGUGCUGUUCGUUGGCAAAUGGCACGGACUCCAAUGAAGGUCGAGUGGAGAUUUGCUACAAUGUGGAGUAUGGCACAGUCUGUGAUGACUUUUGGGAUGAACUUGAGACCAGAGUCGUCUGUAGACAACUGGGAUACUUGUCUGGAGAAUCACAUCCCAUUCGUCAUGGAGAGUUUGGCCAGGGUAAUGGCUCCAUUCUACUGGAUGACCUGAUGUGUAGUGGGAUUGAGUCUUCACUGUUGGAGUGCUUGAAUGAUAAUGAUGUAGGCUCUCAUGACUGCAGCCACGGUGAAGAUGCUGGAGUCAAUGUGAAGUCUACAAGGGGCAGAGUUGAAGUGUGCAUCGGAGGAAGAUACGGAGCAGUGUGCGACGAAUACUGGGACUAUGAGGAUGCCUCUGUUGUCUGCUCACAACUUGGAUUUUCUCCACAUGGUUCUGUUAAUGUUAGUGCACCUGAUUACUUUAGCGAGGGAAUAAGUCCAGGUCUGAUGAGCUUAGUCAACUGUUCUGGAACAGAGAAGGGAGUAAUCGAGUGUGACCACAUGAAAAAUCUCCAAGGAAUAACUUGCGAUCCCGCCGGGGUUGUUUGUCAAGGUACUUUUCAGACCAGCGGCCCAAUAGAUUAUCAAUCAUUGCAACAAUUCACUACUAUAGUUGAUGUGGUGGCCUCAAACUGCACAACUGGUGACGUGAGGCUAGUGGGGAGUGCAAAUGGUGACGAGGGAAGACUGGAGGUGUGUGUAAACGGUGCCUGGGGUACUGUGUGCAGUGAUCAGUUCGACACCAAUGAUGCUUCCGUCGCCUGUCAAAUGUUAGAAGGAUUCAACGGAACUUCCCCAGAGAUCUUCUCAGGUUUUGAGGAGGGAUCUGCAGCCCCAGAGAUCUUGACGUCAGGUUUUGAGGAAGGAUCAGAUAUCAAUGAGUGUGAUGAAGACACAGAUACAUGUGAUGGUAAUGCUACCUGCAGCGAUACAGAGGGUGGCUAUGAGUGUGAAUGUAAUAUUGGUUACUCAGGAGACGGAUUCUCUUGCUCAAAUAUCAAUGAGUGUUUCAAUGGAAGUGUUUGUGAUGAGAAUGCAGAGUGUUAUGACACAGCAGGCAGCUAUGAGUGUACCUGCUUCUCUGGCUACACUGGUGAUGGGUAUACAUGUCAGGACAUUGAUGAGUGUCUCGCUGAUCCUUGUGAUGAGAAUGCGCCUUGUUCCAACAAUAAUGGGAGCUUCUCCUAUAUCAAUGAGUGUGAUGAAGACACAGAUACAUGUGAUGGUAAUGCUACCUGCAGCGAUACAGAGGGUGGCUAUGACUGUGAAUGUAAUGUUGGUUACUCAGGAGAUGGAUUCUCAUGCUCAAAUAUCAAUGAGUGUGAUGUAGACACAGAUAUGUGUGAUAGUAAUGCUACCUGCAGCGAUACAGAGGGUGGCUAUGAUUGUAAAUGUAAUGUUGGUUACUCAGGAGAUGGAUUUUCAUGCUCA